AUGUCGUGGCAGCCCGCCCCCGAAUCCCUGGGGCAGCUCGCUGCGUGCCUCAAGGACUCCCUCAGCGGCUUUGACAAGAAUGCCCAGAAGCAGGCGGAAGUGAUGCUUGAGCAGGCCAAGUCCUCGCCCGACAUUAACAACUAUCUCGCCUACCUCUUCUCGAGCCCCCAGGUGCCCGAUGGCCUGCAAUGCAGCGAGCAAGACUACCACCUCGUGCGGUCCGCCGCCGGCAUCAUGCUCAAGAACAACGUCAAGGCAGAGUGGAAGUCCAUCCCCGAGUCCAGCCUGCAGCUCGUCAAGCUCGCCGUCCCCCACGCCCUGCAGGAUAAGAACGCGCAGAUCAGGGGCUUUGCCGGAAACAUUGCGACCGAGGUCAUCAAAAAGGGCGGCCUGCUAGGUUGGCCCGACCUUCUCCCUCAGCUCCUCGACAUGAUUGGCAAUACCAACGGCAACGUCUCCAGCGAGGGCCAAGAGGGCGCCAUGUCGGCCAUGGCCAAGAUUUGCGAGGACAACGCCCGCAUGCUGAUGCGGGAGGUCAAUGGCCAGCGACCCCUCAACUACGUCCUGCCCCAGUUCAUUGCCGCCACUAAGAGUCCUCUGCCCAAGGUCCGGGUCGGGGCGCUGACAGCCAUCAACGUCUUCACGCCGCGCGAGUCGCAGGCCAUGCUCAACUCCAUCGAUGACCUCCUGCAACACCUCUUUGUUCUUGCUAGCGACGAGAGCAUCGACGUUCGACGGCAGGUCUGCCGGGCUUUCGUCCACCUUAUCGAGACUCGCCCCGACAAGCUCCAGCCCCACAUUAAUGGCCUUGUCGACUACAUCAUCUCGCAGCAGAGGAGCGAAGACGAGGACCUCGCCUGCGAGGCUGCCGAGUUUUGGCUUGCCGUUGGCGAGCACGAGGACUUGUGGAAGGCUCUCCAGCCCUACCUCGGCAAGAUCAUCCCCGUCUUGCUGGAAUGCAUGGUUUACAGUGGCGAGGACAUCGCACUCUUGGGCGGUGACUCGGAUGACGAGGAGGAAGAGGACCGACCCGAAGACAUCAUGCCCGCCUUUGCCAAGAAGACUCUCACAAGGGCCAUCAACGGUGAAGGAACUGGUGGUGGAGACCUCUCCAAGGGCGGCGAUGCCGGCUACACAAAGACCACUGGGAUGCAGGACGACUUUGAGGAAGGCGAGAUCGACGACGACGACGACUUCGAUGACGGCGACGACGCCAAUCCCGACGAGCGAUGGACCGUUCGCAAGUGCUCCGCUGCGGCUCUCGACGUGUUCGCCCGUGACUUUCGCGGCGCCGUGUUUGAGGCCAUCUUCCCUUACCUGUCGCAGAACCUCAAGCAUAGCGAAUGGCCCCAGCGCGAGGCUGCUGUCCUCGCCCUGGGUGCCGUGGCGGAAGGAGCUAUGGACGUCGUGACUCCUCAUUUGCCCGAGCUCAUCCCGUAUCUCAUCUCCCUCCUCGAGGACAACGAACCGCUCGUCAGGCAAAUCACCUGCUGGACCCUCGGACGGUACUCGGCGUGGGCGGCGAACUUGGAGGACCCAGCCCAGAAGGAACAGUACUUUGUGCCCUUGAUGGACGGCAUUCUGCGCAAGAUGCUGGACAAGAACAAGAAGGUGCAAGAGGCCGGUGCCUCGGCGUUUGCCAACCUCGAGGAGAAGGCUGGCAAGCAUCUGGAGCCAUACUGCGGCCCCAUCAUCGUUCAAUUUGUCCUCUGCUUCCAAAAGUAUAAGGACCGCAACAUGUACAUCCUGUACGACUGCGUGCAGACGCUCGCCGAGCGCAUCGGCCCCAUGCUGGCGGCCCCUGAGCUGGCCGGCAAGCUCAUGCCCGCUCUGAUACGACGCUACAACAUCAUCUCGGACAUUUCUCGCGAGGUUUUCCCGCUGCUCGAGUGUCUCUCGUAUGUCGCCUUGGCCCUAGGCCACGCUUUCACCCCAUACGCCGCGCCUAUCUUCAUGCGAUGCGUCGACAUCAUCCACGCGAACCUGGAGCAGGCAAUGGCCGCGGCGACAAACUCCACCUUUGAGCAGCCCGACAAGGACUUUCUCAUCACCAGCCUGGACCUGAUGAGUGCCAUUAUCCAAGCUUUGGAAGACGAGAAGUCCGCCGAGCUUGUCAAGAGCUCGCCCCAACCUUUCUUUGAGCUCCUUAGCUUCUGCAUGGAAGAUCCGACGGACGAAGUGCGACAAUCGGCGUAUGCCCUCCUCGGAGACUGCGCCAAGUACGUCUUCCCUCAGCUGCAGCCUCACCUCCCGGCCAUGGUCCCGAUCCUGCUGAAGCAGCUCGACAUGGACAACGUUUUGGAUGAAGAGAUGGAUAGCGGCUUUGGCGUCAUCAACAAUGCCUGUUGGUCAGCCGGCGAGAUCGCCAUGCAGCACGGCAAGGGCAUGGGACAGUGGAUCCCAGAGCUUCUGCAGCGGUUCGUCGAGGUCAUGACAAACCCCCGAGUGCCUAAGGGUCUCACGGAGAAUGCCGCCAUCGCCCUCGGCCGGCUUGGCCUGCACAACUCGGAGCUUCUGGCGCCUGCGCUGCCGACUUUUGCGGAAGACUUCCUCGGCGCCAUCCAGGAAGUCGACCCGUCUGAGGAAAAGGCCACUGCCCUCAAGGGCUUCUCCAUGAUUGUGGGCCAAAACCCGCACGCCAUGGAGAAGGUCCUGCUGAAUUACUUUGCCGCUAUUGCACAGUACCAGGACAUGAACCUCCGGAACCCUAUCAAGCAGGAGCUGCAUGAGGUGUUCCAGAACGUCCUGAAUGUGUACAAGCAAAUGAUCCCGCAGUUCAACGAAUUCAUCGGCCAGAUGCGACCCCAGGACCAGCAGAGCCUGAAAGCGAACUACGCAAUCUGA